AUGACGGAUGCAAUGAUGUGCAAGGGAUUUUCGAUCACACUCAUAGGAUCCACUCGGAUUUGGUACCAUCAGCUCAAACCCAACUCCAUUGGUUCUUUUGUAGAGCUCAGCCGAUUAUUCCUUACCCAAUUCAUAAGCGGUAAGAAGAGUCGGAAACCGAAUACUCACCUGUUCACCAUCAAGCAAGGGCCUAAGGAGUCAUUGAAGGAUUACAUUGCCCGUUUCAAUAAAGAGGCAUUACAGGUGGAAGACUACGACGACAAGAUGACGCUCUCUGUCGUGUUCAGUGGUUUGAAAGAAGGGAAGUUCACAUUCUCCAUUGGAAAGAAUCCGCUGAAUACGUUAGCCGAGCUCGUCACCAGAGCUCAAAAAUAUACUAAUGCUGAGGAAUUCUCCAAUGCUCGCAAAAAUGUUCAAGUAGCAGACCCAACUGGCAAGGGGAAGAGGUCGAUGAACGAAGAACCCCAGCCGUCCAGUAAAAGACCCGACGACCGCGCUUCUCGUGAUCGUCGUCCGAGCAGGAAACCAGAGGGUAAAUUCCGUUCCUACACUCCCCUCAACACAUCUACCAAGAAAAUUUUGCUGGACAUCAGAUGGCAAAAACUCCUGAAUUGGCCUGUUUAUAUGAAGGUCGACCCGGAUCACCGAGACAAGCGCAAGUAUUGUCGCUUCCAUCGAGACCACGACCACAAUAUAGCUGAUAGCGUGGAUCUUAAAGAUGAGAUCGAGACUCUUAUCCGUAAGGGUUAUCUAGGCCGGUAUACCAAAGAAGAGAGGGUCUUUCGGAGAGAAGAACGAGAAUAG